AUGCCUUCAGAAGCCGAGCAACGUAAUCUCGAACAGCCGUGGAAGUGUUGGUAUUCAAAGCUACAGCCUAUGAGUCGCCCAGAUGUUCGAGACCGCACCCUCACAUUUACAGAUAAUGAAAACAACAACAGUGGUAACCAGGGCACAACUGGCCUGGGAAAGAGACACGUGGAUCUUAACGCCCCAAAGGAUAAACCAGUUGUCAAGGGGUAA